AUGAGCGGCAGUAGCGACCAGGAACGCGAGCACGCUCUCGAGGCAUACAAAUCCAAGCUCCUAGAGUCACGGGAAUGGGAGGCUAAGCUAAAGGCGUUGCGACUGGAUAUCAAGGGCCUUCAACAUGACUUUGACGUGUCCGAAGACAACAUCAAGGCGCUGCAGAGUGUCGGACAGAUAAUAGGCGAAGUGCUCAAGCAGCUGGAUGAGGAGCGAUUCAUUGUCAAGGCUUCGUCAGGGCCGCGGUACGUAGUCGGUUGCCGGUCAAAGGUCGACAAGGCGAAGCUCAAGCAAGGCACGCGUGUAGCACUGGAUAUGACCACGCUCACCAUAAUGCGCAUGCUUCCCCGCGAAGUCGACCCGCUCGUCUACAACAUGUCAUUGGAGGACCCUGGACAGGUUAGCUUCGGUGGAAUCGGUGGUCUGAACGAGCAGAUUCGCGAGCUGCGUGAGGUUAUUGAGCUACCCCUCAAGAACCCAGAGCUUUUCCUACGAGUAGGCAUCAAGCCACCCAAGGGAGUGCUGCUAUACGGCCCACCCGGUACAGGAAAGACGCUCUUGGCACGUGCUGUGGCGAGCAGUCUCGAGACAAACUUCCUCAAGGUUGUCUCAUCGGCCAUUGUCGACAAGUACAUUGGUGAGUCGGCUAGGCUCAUCCGCGAGAUGUUUGGCUAUGCAAAGGAGCACGAGCCCUGCAUCAUCUUCAUGGACGAGAUUGACGCCAUUGGCGGACGUCGAUUCUCCGAGGGUACAUCAGCCGAUCGUGAGAUUCAGCGAACACUCAUGGAGCUACUCAACCAACUUGACGGUUUCGACUACCUCGGACAGACAAAGAUCAUCAUGGCCACCAACCGACCGGAUACACUUGACCCGGCUCUACUCCGUGCUGGUCGUCUCGACCGCAAGCUCGAGAUUCCUCUGCCAAACGAAGUAGGACGUCUGGAGAUUCUCAAGAUUCACUCCGCUAGUGUCGUGACAGAUGGCGAGAUUGACUUUGAGAGCAUUGUCAAGAUGAGCGACGGCAUGAACGGUGCCGAUUUGCGCAACGUCGUCACAGAAGCCGGUCUCUUCGCUAUCAAAGACUAUCGCGAUUCAAUCAACCAAGACGACUUCAACAAGGCGGUUCGAAAGAUGGCCGAAUCGAAGAAGCUGGAAGGCAAGCUGGAUUACCAAAAGUUGUAGCUUGUUAGGGGUUAGCAUCAUGGCAUCGUGUACGAUAUUACGAGACAGCACGCGAAUGGUGCGCUCAAGUACAGCCUGGGAUUGAAUAUAAUAAACUCAGAAUAUG